UAUUUCACUCCUUCACACCAUUAUCAGCAUAAUUGUAUGGUAAUGUACAUAUACUCAUAUCUAUAUAGUUUUUCGAUAUCUACAAAGUUCGACAUUCCAGCAAAAUGAGAUCCUCAGUUUUCUUCGCCACUGGCGCAGCCACGCUAGCUAUGGGCAACCCCGUUCAGCCGCGAGAGGUGGAAACUACCUGGGUUGAGGACUGGCAGACCGUCACCGUUACUGCCAACGCCGAUUCCAAGCCAACGAUAGUUUUCGGUGAACAGACUCCUGAACCGACCGCUGACUCAGUUGUCGUGGUCACCGUGACCCCAGAGCCAACACCCACAAGCUCCCCAGAUCCCACCUUGAUCGUUAUCACCGAGACCGAAGGGGCGAGUAAGGCAACCGCAGAAGCCUCUGUCGAUGUACCCAUCUCAACGCCUCUGCCCACCGUGGGCGGGGGCACCCAAGACGAGCCUGAAGGCGACGAUGUCAUCAGCCAAGCUAUCUACCACCACAACAUUCACCGAUUCAACCACUCCGCCAGCGCAGUGGGCUGGAAUGAUGAGCUCGCUGACUAUGCUUCAAUCACUGCUGCAACUUGCGUGUUUGAGCACGAUAUGAACCAGGGUGGCGGUGGAUAUGGCCAGAACUUGGCCAACUGGGGUGUUAGCUCUGGUGCUGAGGCUCUCGGCGAGGUCGGUGCUAUCAAGAUGGCUAUUACUGAUCAGUGGUACAAUGGCGAGUUCAACAAGUUCCUGCCUGAGUUCUAUGGCGCGGGUAACCCGGACAUGAGCGACUUCGAAGGCUGGGGUCACUACACCCAACUCAUCUGGAAGGGUUCCAAAGAGAUUGGCUGCAAGGCCCAAUUCUGCCCCAAGGGAUCUCUAUACGAUGACUUUGAUGCUUGGUACACAGUCUGCAACUAUCGUCCCGCAGGCAACAUGGAUGGAAGCUACGCCACCAAUGUACUCCCUGCCCUCGGCAACGCUAUCUCAAUUGUAUAAGCUAGCUCACCCAACCUCACUCUUUUGUUAGCAUCGUGCUCGCAAAAGUGUUUUAACAGGCCGCGGAUAACGACAUGUUUUCGAUUCUUGUAGUGUAUUUUGUGUACACGAAAUUUUUAGCCCAAAGAUAUUAUAUUGCGCUUUUUCAGCACCUAGCAUUUUGUCGACAUUCUCUAGGUGUUAUGUGCGCUAAGACCAACACUGGUAACGACUGUGGAUGGCGGAAAACCUUCGUGAUUGGGAUGGGGAAAAGGGAUGGUCA